AUGCCUCUGCCAGACGACUCCGUGGCCGACAUUGGCUCUUCAGACGAUAACAACCAAUUCGACAUGGGCGAUGGUACCCCAACCAAGCCGUUGCUCGACAAGAAUGGCAUGCCAAGGAUAGUCAUGACACCCGAGGAAAGGCAUCGCAUCCUCCGACAGCUCAGCUUCCCCGUCGAGAACCUCACGGCCCCGUUCUGGGUGAAGAGCGGCGGCGACAACUCUCUUUUGGCCAAGCAGAUCUCCGUCUCACUCAACAUUGCUCACAUCAUGGCAAAACGCCCUCUGAGAACCGAUGAGGCCAACGCUGUUGCCAACUUCAGAACCACAUAUGUCAACACCAUGGAGCUCGAGACACCUGUAUGGAUUGCCACCACCAUUGCCCUUGAACGCCGGGGCCGUGACAAGCUCCGUUUCCCUCAUUACACCCCAAGCCCGGAAAAGUACAACAUCAAUGCCUUCCCAUCUCUGGCCAAUCCCAAGUGGACAGGUGAGGCUGCCGUUCGAGCUUGGCGCUUGGCCCGUCUGGCUGCGUAUGGUUUUGUGGUCAACAUCUGGACCACUGUUUUAUUUGCAAGCUUCGCCAAUACCUCCUACAGCGUCAAGCUGUUGAGGAUGUUCAAGGAGUCAGACGAGCAGCAAAAGCACCGCCCGGAGAUGGGUGAUCUUUACGGGCAGGACCGUGCGCCACAGCAAGACUAUCAACGAGGGCAACAGCAAGAAGAGACACCACAGCAACCAGCCCAGUAUCAACGACCAAAGUGGGCACAACAGGCGGCCCAGGCAGCGUCGAAGCCUGAGCCCCCAAAGAGCUGGGAGGACGACGAUGACUUCCUCUUUGACGACGCCUCACCUGUUGCACCUGUUCAAAGAGAUGGCGCUCGUUCAUCAACGGGUGGAAAGACUGGCCAUUCCCCUCCGAAGCUGACCAACUCGUGGGACAAGAUCAGAGAGGCGGCAAAGUCGGGUGAGAAUCCUGCCUCGUGGGGCAAGGACAAUCAAGCAGCGCCGGUGCGCAAGUCAGAGUCGUAUACUUAUACGGAGAAUGAGAAGGACUAUGCGAAGAAUCAGGCGCAGAAGGAGUUUGAUGCCAUGUUGGAGCGUGAGAGGAGCGGUAAGGCAGAUGCUGGGAAUCGGAGGUACUGA